AUGCACAAUGGUUGUCAAACCCAGAUUUUCAUCAUGAAGGAGACUGUAUUGGUGACAGGUGCUUCCGGUUACUUAGGUGGUAGACUUUGCCACGCCCUCCUCGAUCAAGGCUACCACGUUAAGGCUUUUGUUCGCAAGACCAGUAACAUCUCCUCCUUACCUCCGCCCACUGACGGUGGCGAAACUGGCGGAGCUCUUGAGCUGGCUUAUGGAGAUGUUACCGAUUAUAAAUCCCUCUUGGAAGCUUGCAACGGUUGCCAGUUAAUCUUCCAUGCUGCUGCCCUCGUCGAGCCCUGGCUGCCAGAUCCCUCGAAAUUCUUUACAGUUAAUGUGGGAGGAUUGAAGAAUGUUAUACAGGCAUGUAAGGAGACCAAAUCAAUUCAGAAGAUUAUUUACACGUCGUCGUUUUUCGCCUUGGGAUCCACUGAUGGGUAUAUUGCAGAUGAAACUCAGGCACAUCCUGGUAAACAUUUCUGCACGGAGUACGAAAGAUCGAAGGCCAUGGCCGACAAAAUUGCUUUGGAAGCUGCAUCUGAGGGUUUGCCAAUAGUGCUGAUUUACCCGGGAGUCAUAUAUGGUCCUGGCAAAGUGACAAAUGGAAAUUUUGUAUCGCAAAUGCUUGUAGAACGCUUUAAUGGACGGUUACCUGGAUAUGUGGGAAAAGGAGAUGACAAGUGCUCUUUCUGUCACGUCGAUGAUGUUGUUCAGGGACACAUUGCUGCAGUGCACAAAGGUCGACCAGGUGAAAGGUAUCUUCUUACAGGAGAAAAUAUGUCAUUCAGAGAUGUUUUUGAUUUAGCUGCUAGCAUCACUAAGACAGCAAAACCUCGGUUCACCAUCCCACUGUUUAUGGUUGAGAUGUAUGGACGUCUAUCUGUUAUUGGUGCCCAAAUAACUGGAAAGCUUCCGAUAGUCAGUCCCCCGACUGUUGAUGUUCUGAGACAUCAGUGGGCUUACAGUUGUGACAAGGCCAAGGCGGAGCUGGGCUAUAACCCGAGAAGCUUCAAAGACGGUCUAACAGAAAUGCUUCCCUGGUUAAAGAAUUUGGGUUUGAUUAAAUAUUAG